GUUCGGGACUGUUGUGAAGCCUGUCGACAGCGUCCCUAGCAGCCCGUCCUGUCCCGUCCGUCAGUCUUUCCGGAGCUCAGGCUCCUCCACCAUUCCGUCCUGUCUCUUCCGUCCGUUCAAAAGCGGGCAUUUAUACCGAUGACGGCAGAGACCACCCCUCAAUAAAUCGAAAUACCAUUCGUACGAUACCAAGCGCACGUCCACAUACGACCGCGAAAUCGAGCGUCGCUUGAAGUGAAGCGAGUGAUCCACUAUGAACCCCGCAAAGCCACGCUAAGAAUUGUGGCAUCUGGGAACGUUACACGGGGUCUACGCUAUUUACAACGUGUCCAACCAAUCCACACACAGUGCGCACCAACAUCAACCUUCCCUCCACGCCCACGACCGAAGCUCGCAGCUACAGUGUAGCUCCCCGCCCGCAAAGACAGCAAAAACCAUGGACGACCUUCUCAACCAACUCGGCCUCUCGGAGCUCCGCCGCCUCAAGCCCCGCCAGAUCCUCUCGCAGGUCCUGAACUUCGCACUGAUCCUGGGCUCCGCGUUCAUGAUCUGGAAGGGCCUCAGCGUCGCCGCGGACUCGCCCAGUCCCAUUGUCGUCGUGCUGUCGGGGAGUAUGGAGCCAGCCUUCCAGCGCGGCGACCUGCUGUUCCUCUGGAAUCGCAACCUGGGAAUGAACCAGUACGCGGGUCCGCCUGCGCACGAGCACUCGCCCGGCACACAGGUCGGCGAGAUCGUCGUCUACAACGUUGUCGGAAAGGAUAUUCCCAUCGUGCACAGAGUCGUCAGGCGCCAUAAGGGAGAGACUACGCCCCUGAACCUCCUCACGAAGGGCGACAACAACCAUGCGGACGAUACCGAGCUGUACGCACGCAACCAGUUCUAUCUCGACCGGGAGAAGGAGGUGAUUGGCAGCGUGGUUGGGUACAUUCCGUUUGUGGGAUACGUUACCAUCCUGCUGAGUGAGCAUCCGUGGGCAAAGAGUGUUUUGCUUGGAAUCAUGGGGUUGCUGGUCAUUUUGGAGAGGGAGUAGGGCAGACGAAAUCAAUGGGCGUUUGUGGAACUGGAACUGGAGCGAUAUCCGAUGUAUUAUUACCUAUCAUGGGAAUGCAUGAAUUUACAAGCAAAGGCGCACG